ACUUUUCUUGGCUUUCAUUAGAUGGAUUGGCAAGGACAAAAGCUAGCAGAGCAGCUGAUGCAGAUAUUGCUGCUUGCCUUUGCUGUGGUUGCAUUCAUAACUGGAUACUUUACGGCUUCUUUCCAAUUGAUGAUCCUCACAUAUUUUGGUGGUGUGAUUCUCACUACAUUGGUGACCGUCCCUAAUUGGCCCUUCUACAAUCGCCAUCCUCUCAAGUGGUUGGACUCGAGCGAGGUAGAAAAGCAUCCGAAGCCACAGCCGUCGGCAAACUCAACUUCGAAGAAGAAACCUGUUAAGAAGUAAGACUUGGAAUAAUAAGAAAAUAUCACUUAUUGUGGUACUAGAAAUACAUGAUUUUAAAGUUUAAUUUGUUUAUACUUUUGACAGUAAUUUGCUUCCUAUUUUCUACCCCUCCCUUUCCCUAUCAGUAGAUUUUCCAGUAUGCUUUUGCAUAGACUACAACAAUAUAUUUGCUUGCCUUGGUUA